AUGGGGAGCCACCCCAUCUCUGGGCUCCAGAAAACCACACCAGCUGGGUGCCAGCUGCCCUCCACCGGGCCACCAGCCCUGGUCUUCCCCACCGCCCGGCAUGGCCCUGUAGUGGGCAGGAGAGCCCUGGGCGGCCUGGCCCCGCGGGCUGAGCAGGAGGCCCUGGCGGCAGACGGGGUGCAGCGGGACCAGCUGUGGAGGGAGCUCCUGGAGGCCGAGAAGCGGAGCCAGCAGCGCUGGGCCCAGAACUGGAGUUUCCUGAGGGACUACGACCCCAUGGGCAAUAAGAAGGAGCCCGUGACGCUGCCGGAGCACAUACCUCUCUUCUCCGACACUGUCCCCCAUUCCACGAACCGGGCCGUGGGCAGCAGGCUGGACACGCCCCUGGGGAAGACCCUCAUCGGCCUGGACUUCUUCUUCGUGGAGGGCGUCCGGAAGAAGAAGCUGGAAGACGAGCUGCAGCCCAUCUAGGGGGAGAAGACGGGCUCGGGGCUGCGCCCGGUGGGUGUGGGGUCAGGGGAGCCUGCGGCUGACCCGCCCCGUGGCCCUAUCAUCGUCCCAAAGAGUCCCUCCAGAUGGCAACCCUUGUCAC